AUGGAGCACCAGUACCCCGCGGCAAUCAGUGGUGACGAGAGCAUGCUUGCCGAGUUGAUGUUGCCCGAUCAGACGCACGUGCGGAGUCAGGACUGGACAAUGUUCUUUUUGCACAAAGACACUAGCGGUGAUGGGGAAACCGACUCAGUGGAAGGAAAGAAGAAAAAGAGAAAGUCAAAAUACCGUGGGAAUCAGGAGGGGGCCGACAUCCAACACGAGAACUCGGAUUAUGCAUCUGAUGACCCAGAUAGCAGCGACGACGAGGGUGGUGAAGGGCCACCCUUGAUGUAUGUGUUGAAUCUGGUCAAUACAAAGCAGGAUAACACGGUUCGGCGUGGUGCGGUGGUGAAAGCCAUGGCGAUCUGCACGCGCCACUCGUUCCUCCAUAUUUAUAAACCCCUCCUUCUUCUAGCGCUAGAGGAUUAUUUCAAAUCGCCGUAUCCAGAAACACUUGCGUCCCUCUAUGAUGCUGUCAAUGCCAUGGAUCUCUCGCUCAUGCCGAAAAUGUCUAUAUUGGAACGUCACAUUCUGCAGUCCAGCAACACCAAAGACAUGUUCCUGGAGAAAUUUGAACAGAUGAUUCGCCAACGGGAAGAAGAAGAUAGCCAAGACGGCGAAUGUCCGCCAUCCCCCAAGAAAAUGAGCCGAUAUGUUUUGCCGCGUGAUACACAUGAGUACGAGUCGAAGGUGGUCUACAACGACAUUCCCAUCCCAGUCAAAAUUCCCACAGUGAUCUGGCCGGAGACUGUUGGUGACUUCUCUCUCAUCAAGCUUGUUCAGACGUUUGCUGUCCCCCAUGCGACCUCUCCGCAGGCAUUCCCUGCUCACCCGCAUUUGACGACCAGCGGUCCAUUCACACACCCUAUCAUUGUUCUUGUCAAUGCUAUUCUCACCCAAAAGCGAGUUGUGUUCCUCGGGCACAACAGGCCGUCAGGAGAAGUCGCCGAGGCAGUCCUGGCAGCUUGUGCCCUAGCAUCUGGGGGCAUUCUACGGGGAUUCACUCGCCAUGCUUUCCCUUAUACUGAUCUUACUAAAAUCGACGAUCUUCUCAAGGUCCCCGGCUUCAUCGCAGGAGUCACGAACCCUACGUUCGCUAACCAUCCGGAAUGGUGGGACAUCAUGUGCGAUCUCCCCACUGGCCGGAUCAAGAUCUCAAGCCAUGUCGAACCAGCUCCAGUGACAGAGGGGCUUCUCUUCUUCCAGCAGCAGAACUCCCUUCUGCCUAAUAACACAAACACGACUCAAGACCCGACAGGCGACACUCUCUUCAUGGAAGACAUCCUCCGCAGUAUAACCCAGCGUCAUGGCGAGAAUGCCGUGCGUGCCAAAUGGCGUGCCUAUAUCACCAAAUUUGUGCGUGUGGCAGCUGCCUUCGAAGAAGCCGUCUACGGCGCCUCGAAUCUGUACAUAAUUGGACCCGGCGAAGAGCUCUCCCCAGAUAGCCCCACCGGUCAUCAAAGCGACGCAGCAGACCCAACGUCCCUCCGCGGCCAUGGCUACGUGUGGACGGACGAGGUUGCCAAGCAGCGCGAGCUGUCAGCCUCAGUCUCCCGGAUCGAAGGCUGGCGCAACACCCGCUCCUACUACUCUUACAUCCAGGAUAUCGCCGCGAUGUACUUUCCCGCACGCCCAAUCCAGCGUCCUGAUAUCAAUCACCACCACGAUCGUCUGCGUACUCUCAAACUCUCACAUCCAGAAGCGGCUUCCAUCUACCUCGCUCUCUCUCAUGCAGUCAAGGACUAUGCCGGUAUUUGCCAGCUACUUUGUGUUGCACCGGAAAACCAGGCUGGUCUUUUCUACAUCAGCAUGGGUCUUUUCCACCCUGAUCAGGUUGUUCGCGAAGCUACUGUCGAUCUACUUGACCGCAUCGCGGCCCAUCCCGCCGGACGCCAUUUCUGGACCCAGGUUGGUCGCUUUGCGAAAUUGGGGUACAUUCGUGUAAAAAGGGAGCGGGACGCUGCUGCGCAGAGUCCUGUGUCCGGCGCGGCUUCUCCUACCAUUCCGACUAGCCCGGGUGCUAGCUUUGGAGGGGAGCCGCAAAGUCUUGUUGGCGUUGCUAUGGGUGGCAGUAUCUCACGAAGGAGUUGA